CGAGGUGUAAACGACUGAGGCGGGGCUUCGCUGACAACCUACCGAUUUCGCUAAGUGACUACCGUAAUUAUAUAAUGAGUGUGAAUUUUUAUUAGACGCCGUAGAGUUAGUACGGCUAAAAGGAAGUGGUCCUAAUUUUGUAUUCAUCACGCUCGCUUUGCCUCGUAAGGCGUGCUCUAUGCUGUACUGUGCCACCAAAGCAUUAAUACACGAACAGGCAUUUCUAUAGGAUUUUUCAUUACGAGUUCGCCUACUGUAUUGCCGUGGUCGAGAGCAGAGAACCGACUCUUUGUUAUUCACAAUAGGUCUCAUUAUGGCGUCUUUAUCAGCCAUGGUGUACUGGAGCGCGUUACGUCUCUCUCUACUCUCGCUCACACUGGUAUGGACACAUGGAUUUGAAUUUCAAACGACAUAUCUACAAGAUUCGAGUCAGCCAUACAAAUGCAAACACAAUAUAAGUUACACGACAGGUGAGGUGUUCUCCCACCAGGGUGUACAAGAGAAAACGUACCAAGAAAACAUGGACUGCUCGGUAAUUAUUCAUACGGAGAUUGGUCAGAGAAUAAACAUACGUUUCGACUUUUUCGAUCUUUCGUCCAUGUACAACACUGUUUCGAACGAAUGCAGUAGUAGCGGCGAUAGAGUGCAUAUUUACGACACUGGGGAUUUGAUGACGAUAAGGAUAGGCGUUGGAACGCCGCAAGUCACGCUUUGUGGUGCCAUGGGAAAGUUCCCGGAUGACUACCAGUCGUCAGGGAAUGUCGUCACACUCAGGUUUAUUAGCGACAAAAAAAAGUCAGCAGAUUUGGGAUUUAAGUUUAUCUACACAUCGUUUUAUACCCCAGGAGAACCUGAAGCCGAAUGUUUCACGUGCGAAGAUAACUCGAUGUGUGUUUCUCAAGAUUUAGUAUGCAAUGGGGUGAAUAAUUGCAAUGACGACAGUGACGAAAGUGAUACCACUUGUAACGAAGCACCUCCAGGAAUUUUCGCUCUCGGCGUUGGAGUGCUUGGGAUCGGCGUGGUCGCCAUCGUGGGAGCCACAAUUGGAGUCGUUUUCCUUAUCAUACUGAUCGUAUGUAUUGUAUGCUGCUGUAGAUUGCGUAAAUCUGGCAACGGUAGUCAUAACAACAACACAGCUUCUCGACCAACAUCGUAUCCGAACCAUUCUAAUCACAAUCACAACAGUCACAGUCACUCGCCGAUUCCUCGAUAUCCUAACGCGCACGCCCCUCCCCCACCACCAAGCACGUCGCCGUACCCGUCUCUUGCAGGAUACCCAAUGUAUCACAACGGAGGGACACAUCACCUGGGCUCAGGUGUUAUGUACCACCACAGUCACGAAUCUGUUGACCUGCCCCAGAAGUUAUAAGAGCAACUGAUGAUGGAUAUUUAUUCGUGAUGGAAACGUAUAUAACAUGUUGUUUAUUUAUUUGGACGUGUUUGUAAAGUGUUUAUAUCUGCUGCACACAUUUGUCACGUGGCACAAGAUGAAUAUAUGCCUGAACCAAGGAACUCAGAUUAUGACGUAUUGUGGUUGUUUUCUCCAGGCGGCUCAGUUUGUUCUACAAUACCACCAUAAUCCCUGGAUCAGCAUGUCACC